GAGGGAGCGAGUGAGGGAGAGGGAGAGCGCAUGAGAAAGAAAGAGGUAGACAGAGAUGCAGAGAUCCAGUCAGUCUGCCUGUGCCGGUGAGGUGGUGUGUGGCAGUGCUGCUGUACAGUGUGGUCCGUUAGGACCAGGACUAACCCAUCAGGGACCACAGCACAACCCAGUCUGGAUCCAGAACCACAACCAGACACCAUGUCAGGCACCACUCCCGAGCCCGCUCCUCCGAGGGUCCACUCUAAAAAGGCUGGGAUCCGGGCCGCGGUGAUUCUAAUCGGACUUCUGCAAAAGUCGCGACGAGCGAAGGAGAGAGAGAGGGAGCAGGAGAGAGAGAGAGAGCGGAAGCAGGAACUGCUGACCAUCUCCAACGUGCCCUUGGGAGAUUGCCCCCCGUCGCCCCCCCGCACAGCCCCGCCCACCAUGAAGUCUGCCGAGUUCUUCGACAUGCUGGAAAGGAUGCAGGUAAGACUCCUCCUUCUCCUUCCUCUUUCUCUUCCUUCUCUGCUUCCUUCUCUUCUCUCUAAGUUCCCACUGCUGCUGGCAUGGACGUGGUGAUGAAAGCACGACACGUUCAUCACUUUCUGAGAUUUUAAUCAAGGGUCCUCCCCUAACGAGCAGAAGGGUCCGUUAUUAAGCCACAGGAGUUUGGAGGGGGAACGCGGGCCGCCCUUAAUUUGAGGAGCCGAGAAACACCGGGUCCAAUCUCUGGUCCUGAUUGAGUAAUGAGCCAAACCAGACCAAGUUAACGAGCUCCCUCUAAAAAAAACAUUGAUUUCUCUGACCUGUUCUGCUGCACUGUGUCUAUGGGGUUCUGGGAUCUUCUGUGGGAUUGGGGUUUUAGGCAGGAUGUGGGCAGGAAGAGGGUGGGUGGUGGUGGCAGCUCUGCCACGCCAAUUUGGGGACAGUGGGUGAGCUUUUGAAAGAAAGAGAGAGAGUGAGCGGAGGAGGACAGGAGAUCGAUAGCGCAUGAUAACAAGUGGGCGAGGAGGAAUGAGGACAGAGGCCACACAGGCCCGCUGCCACCUCUGAGCCAGUCCUUACCAGACCCCUCUCUGUCCCCACAGCGCCACAUCGACCUGCACUACUAACUAGACUAGAGUAAUCGAUGGCCGAACAGUUGAAAGGCCUCUAUCUGGAAUGGUUGAUCACAAAGCCCGUCUCAGAGGGAUCGAAGAUGGAUGUAUUAAGACAGACCCCUAGCUUUGAUCUAACCCAGCGGUGUUGACAAGUAGUCCCCCUCUGAGCUAUAGCGGUUCCCCCAUCCCCUCCACUGUCUGUCUCUCUGAGCUAGCCUGGUCCCUGAUCUGUUAUUGCUGUAUUGCCAACUCCUAUGGUCAUUGUCAAUACAGCACAAACAGAUCUGGGACCAGGCAGCAAGCAUCACUGGAGGAUGAGGACCAUUCAAACACAUGCAGAGAGUGCUUAGAUCAGGGCUGCCCAACCCUCUUCCUGGAGAUCUACUGCUCUAUGACUUUUCAGUCCAACCCUAAUUUAACA